CCCAAUAAAUACUACCGGCGUAGACUGGAAUAACCAGAUGCUAGAGAUUGACAUUCGAUUGAAAAUACUGGCGUAUGUCGCCGAACCUAACUGAUUAGAAAUUACAGUAAAAAAGAAACGAUUGAAUGUAAAUCAAUUUAUAUACAUUCAUAUUACAUUAUUGUAUGCGUUGCGACCCAUUUGUGUCAAUUUCUAGGUCCCAAUUAUUAGCGACUUAGCUCCUUUAACAUGGGAUUAUUGGUAUCGAUCUUCGUAAAGUAAAUCUUCUGACAUGCUAUCUGGACAAUCUAGAACAAGCUACACAGGAUGAUGUGAUUGACAGUUUGACACUUCGACAUCUCUGAACCAAGAUGGUGUUGUCUUGUUCUCAUUUCCGCGUCACGGUGGAACCUGUGAUGUUCUUCUACAUGAUGGCCGUGUUCAUUACCUUCCCAGCAUUCCAAGCUCUCAUUUACAGUAAAGUCUGUGUCCAACAAUAUAAUAAAACUUUCUGUCAAAAUUUGAAAAACAGUUCAGCAAAUAUGUCGGAAUAUCGAGACGAAGAAGACUUUGUUCAGUCAGAGACGUCACAUUGGAUUUUGAUGAAUAAUGUCGCCGGUUUGGUACCAUCGUGUCUGGUCGUUUUGUUUUUUCUCAGCCCACUGGUUGAUCAUGUCAGCCAUAAAGCAGCCAUUUUGAUUACAGUGGGUUUUGGAGUAUUUGCAAAUGUUACUAACUUAUUAAACAGUGUUUACGUCGAUCUGGAUGCAAGCUACUUGUUGAUUGGUUCAAUUAUUGGUGGAUGUGGCGGAUCGUUUACGGCGAUGAUGAUGGUUAUUUAUAGCUACAUAACAAACAUAUCUGCAGACAAAUCGAAAACUGUCCGUGUUUCAGUCGUUGAAGCGAUGAUAUUUCUAGCGGGAACAAUUGGUGUGUUUUGUUCGGGACUAAUGGUUGAUCAACUGGGUUUUGUUUUUACCUUCAGUUUUACGACUGGACUUCUUGUUGUAUUAAUUCUGUAUGUCCUUAUAUGGCUACCGGAUGUAAAACCUGAUAGACAGGCAGCAGAUGACGUCGGAUGCGCGAGGAUCAUGGCAAGUCGAAUUUCGGGGAUUUUAGAGUUUAUUCAUAAGGAUAGAGAAGAAGGCGUGAAGGUUUUCAUCGGGUUGAUGAUUCUUGUUCUUUUGUUGCUGAUGGUUGCCACAUCAGGUGAGAUGGAUGUUCUGUAUUUAUACGUUACUCGACAUCCUUUAAACUGGUCAACGACAAUGUAUGGAUAUUUAAGGGGAUUGGAGAACUUUCUAAGGGGAAUAACUCUAAUUACUGUGAUGCCAUUAUUAAAAUAUAAAUUCCAUUUGAAGGAUACAACUCUGAUUAUUCUAGGAUUAAUGACACGAAUAACUGGUUUUAUAUUCUACAGCUUCCAACAUACAUGGACAAUGUUUACAGGUGGUGCUGUAUCAAUGUUUAUUGGGUUUCCAGCUGCAGGUAUCAGAUCGGGUGUCAGUCAACAAGUACAUAAAGAUGAACAUGGACGAUUAUUUGGUUUAAUAGCAUCAUUAGAAAGUAUCGCCUCCAUCAUGGCUACCUUGAUAUUUAAUUAUGUGUAUCCAGCCUCGCUUUCAUUUUAUCCUGGCUUCUGCUUCCUGUUGUUGGCGGCCAUUGUUAUUAUCGGACUGUUCAUCAUUCUGUGGCUCCGUAUUAAAAUGCCAGCACCAAAUUAUUAUGGUAAAUUUGAUAUGAGUGACUCUUUAACAGGAAGCAACGAUGACUUGUCAUCAUCUUCGACAGUCAAUGGAAUAAAUACUCAUUGUUAAAACCACCUGGAACCCAUUGCUCUGGGUAAUGGCUUCUUAAUUAUCUGGGGGAAUUGGGUGGCCUGCUUGUACUUGAUAAGGAGUAGGGGCACCUGUCCAACCUUGUAGGUUUUCUCAGUGUCAACCGGUUUCCUCCCACAGCUAAAUCCCCUACGCACAAUCAAAUUAUUGAAAUAAAAAUUGAAUAUGUUAGUCCUGAAAUGACCUAGUUUGUGUCACGUGGAUGUUAAACCCCAAUUCUCUCUCUCUCUCUCUCUCUCUCAUUACAAGUUUUUGUAAUCAUGACUCGACAGUUUUUGAUCUUUUGUAUUUUUAAUUCUUGUCUUUCUGAUUCCAUUUAUUUUUUUAUACUUAAAUAUUUGCUUCCAGUUUUUUGUAUCGUAUUAUUGUUUAGCUUGUGUUUGAUAACGACAAGGGAUUAUUUGUUGAAACGUUACACUAUUAAAGUUGCUAAUGAUUGUUAUUCAUAAAGUUUUGUUUGUGUUAUUUGAGGGCUUUUGUGACUGUAAAAGCAAUUUUGUAUAAAAUGAAUUAACUGUAGUGUGCUAGCAGUGUAGAUAACUGACCAUUUUGAAAUUUGCCGUCUGCAGCAGCUGAAGUAAGUGAACUGGUUAUCAACAUAUUCGGUGAUCUUUUGACUCUUCGGGUGUUAAAAGUUACGACAUCAAAGUCAAAUCACACUUAGUUGAUUAAACAUUCCAGGAAUUAAAAUUGAACCUAGUUGAUUAAACAAUCCAGGAAUUAAAACGAACUUUGUUGUUUAAACAAUCCAGGAAUUAAAAUACCAAUUACAUUUCCUGCCAUUUUGCACGCCCACACUGUAUUAUUCUUUAUUCAUAAACAUUCUAUGAAAUAAAAUAAAUAUUUAUGAUUGUUAA